GCCCACUUCCGCCUCCAAACCCCGCCCCUUCCGGCCCUUCCCAAGAUGGCGCCACCCAUCCGCGGUCUGCGUUCGUAACCGCUCCCGGAUCGUUCCCGGGGCUCCGAUCGGUCCCGGAUCGGUCUCGGAUCGGUCCCGGAUCGUUCCCGGUGCGCGAUGGCGGCGGCUGCGGGCGGAGGAUCCGGCGGGGACCGAAGGGAACCGCCUCACACUCUGCAGGGGCUGCUGGAGAUGGCGCUGGUGGCGGGAGAGGCUCAGCCCGAGCCCCGCGAGCCCAUGGCCCAGGAGAGGCAGCAGUGGCUCCGAGCCGCCGUUUCCGAGGCUCUGGGCAGCCCCGGGGGCUCUCAGGCUCAGCUCCGCCGCUGUCUCGGGCUGAUUUUGGUGUAACUUUGUGCAGGUUUU